AAUGGACCCAAAUUCCCGCCAAAGAACGCCGAUCGAAACACUUGCCGGGAAUGUCCACUAAAUUCCCGCCAGAUUCCAUGUUAGAGUUGAAGCCUAAAGCUACUUCUUUCAAUCUCUCUGCUUCAGUUGUUUAGUCUCUCCAGUGACCAGGAUUAUAUCAAAACUUUUCAGUCUCAUUUCUUUCUCUCUGUACACCUUUUCACUUAAUUUUAUUCUUCUGGCGGCAUUCUCUCGAAACAGCAGAAAUGGCGCCGUCGCGUAGAUCGAGUAACGGUAGAUCACCGCUGGUCAAUGCACAGCGCCAAAUCACCUCUUUCUUCUCUAAAACAACCUCUCCUUCUCCAUCUCCUGCUUCCACACGCUCCAAAGAACAAAACCCCAAAUCUAACCCGAACCCUAAGCCUAAAUCUCCAAGCCCUAGCAAGAGCCCUAGCCCUAGUACUCCUUCUCCUCUACAGUCCAAUACCAGAAAACCACUCCUAGUCAUUGGCCAAAGCCCCUCUCCUUCUCCCUCAACACCUGCAACCACCGGUCAGUCGUACGGCAAAGAGGUGGUGGACAAGAGGAUUAAGGUUUACUGGCCGUUGGAUAAGAGCUGGUACGAGGGUUGCGUUAAAUCUUAUGAUGAGGAUUCCGGUAAGCAUUUGGUUCAAUAUGAUGAUUUUGAAGAGGAGGUGUUGGAUUUGGGGAAGGAGAAAAUCGAAUGGGUUGAAGAAAUUGCGAAGAAAUUUAAAAGGUUGCGUAGGGGUUCUUUGGCUUUCGGGAAGACAGUGAUUGAAGAUGAGGAGAUGAAGGAUGUUGGUGAUGAUGAAGAGGAUAAUGCUGGUGGUGAUGAUUCUAGUGAUGAAGAUUGGGGAAAGAAUGCGGAGAAGGGCGUCAGUGAGGAUGAGGAGGAUAUAGAUUUGGAUGAUGAGGAAGAAGAGGAUGACGCAGAGGGUGGUAAGAAAGGAAAACAGGGUGGGAAGUGUGAAUCGAGGAAAAGGAAGGCUGGUGGAGCUGCAAAAAUGGAUUCUGGGAAGAAGAGCAAGAGUAGUGGUGUUGGGAGCAAAGGAGAAUUCAAGGUUUCAGUUGUGGAGCCUGUGAAGAAUAAAGGCAAUGAGCCGUCUAAUGGCAUUGGUGAUGCCUUGAUGAGUGAUGCAUCAGAAAAGUUCAACUUGCGCGAAUCUGAGAAGUUAUGGUUUCUUGGAGCAGAACGGAGGGAUGCAAAAAGGAGGCGUCCUGGAGAUGCAGAUUAUGAUCCAAGGACUCUAUACUUGCCUCCAAAUUUUGUAAAAAGCUUAUCAGGUGGUCAGAGACAAUGGUGGGAGUUCAAAUCAAAGCAUAUGGAUAAAGUUUUGUUUUUCAAGAUGGGUAAAUUUUAUGAGCUUUUUGAAAUGGACGCGCAUGUGGGAGCUAAGGAAUUAAAUUUGCAAUAUAUGAAGGGAGAACAACCUCACUGUGGUUUUCCUGAGAGGAACUUCUCAAUGAAUGUCGAGAAACUAGCUAGAAAGGGUUAUCGAGUUCUGGUUGUAGAACAGACAGAAACACCUGAACAACUGGAGCUUCGUCGCAAAGAGAAAGGUUCUAAAGACAAGGUUGUGAAACGUGAAAUAUGCGCAGUGGUUACAAAAGGAACAUUAACCGAGGGAGAAUUACUUACAGCAAGUCCUGAUGCUUCUUACCUAAUGGCAGUGACUGAAAGUUGUCAGAAUUUGGAAAAUCAAUAUUUGGAGCAUUACUUUGGUAUCUGUGUGGUUGAUGUUGCUACUAACAGAAUCUUUCUUGGUCAGUUUGGAGAUGAUCUGGAGUGCAGUACAUUGUGUUGUCUGCUAUCUGAGCUGAGGCCAGUAGAAAUCAUAAAACCUGCAAAGGGUCUCAGUUCUGAAACUGAGAGAGUAAUGCUGAGGCAUACCAGAAAUCCCUUGGUCAAUGAGUUGAUUCCCCGCUUGCAAUUCUGGGAUGCCGAGAAAACUAUUCAUGAAGUGAAGACCAUCUACAAGCAUAUCAAUGUUCAAGCAGCUUCUGAAUUGUCAGACAAAACAGAUACAAAAACAACAAAUCUUCAAGACGGGUCAAGCUGCCUGCCAGAAAUUUUGUCAGAGCUAGUAAAUAAAAGAGAAAAUGGCAGCUUAGCUCUUUCAGCACUUGGAGGCACACUGUAUUAUCUAAAACAGGCUUUUCUGGAUGAGACGUUGCUCAGAUUUGCAAAGUUUGAAUCACUUCCAUGCUCUGAUUUUUGUAAUGUUGCUCAAAAACCAUACAUGAUUCUUGAUGCUGCUGCCCUGGAGAACCUUGAGAUCUUUGAGAAUAGCAGAAAUGGAGGCUCUUCAGGGACAUUAUACGCGCAACUGAAUCAUUGUGUGACUGCAUUUGGGAAGAGGUUGCUGAAAACAUGGUUGGCAAGACCUUUAUAUCAUUUGAGAUCAAUUAAGGACCGCCAGGAUGCCAUAUCAGGUUUACGGGGGGUAAAUCAACCUAUGGCGCAGGAAUUUCGAAAAGGAUUGUCCAGGCUUCCUGACAUGGAGCGGUUGCUUGCACGCAUUUUUGCUAGCAGUGAAGCUAAUGGAAGAAAUGCCAAUAAAGUGAUUUUCUACGAGGAUGCAGCAAAAAAGCAGCUCCAGGAGUUCAUAUCUGCUCUACGUGGCUGUGAAUUGAUGGCCCAAGCAUGUUCUUCACUUGGUGUUAUUUUGCAAAAUGUUGAGUCUACACAACUACACGAUUUGUUAAUGCCUGGCAAAGGUCUUCCUGACACCCAUUCAAUCCUUAAGCAUUUUAAGGAUGCCUUUGAUUGGGUAGAAGCCCACAAUUCUGGUCGUAUAAUACCUCAUAAAGGAGUCGAUAUGGAGUAUGACUCUGCUUGUAAAAAAAUUACGGAAAUUGAGACUAGUUUGACAAAACACCUGAAGGAACAACGGAAGUUACUCGGAGACACCUCAAUCACUUACGUCACAGUUGGGAAGGAGGCAUAUCUAUUAGAAGUUCCUGAACAUCUGCGUGGGAGCAUUCCUCGAGAUUAUGAGUUGCGUUCAUCCAAAAAGGGCUUCUACAGGUAUUGGACUCCAAAUAUUAAGAAGUUCUUAGGAGAGCUCACGCAAACUGAAUCUGAAAAGGAGUCAACAUUGAAGAGCAUUUUGCAGAGAUUGGUUAGGCGAUUCUGUGAGCAUCAUGAUAAGUGGAGACAACUGGUUUCUGCAACUGGAGAACUUGAUGUUCUGAUCAGUCUGGCAUUUGCUAGUGACUUCUACGAAGGACCAGUGUGCCGCCCAGUCAUCCUAAGUUCAACAGCAAAUGAGGUGCCAUGCUUAUCUGCAAAAAGUUUGGGGCACCCUGUUCUUAGAAGUGAUUCUUUAGGCAAAGGUGCAUUUGUACCCAACAACAUUACUAUCGGUGGUAAUGGUGGUGCCAGCUUUGUCCUUCUCACUGGUCCUAAUAUGGGUGGGAAGUCUACUCUUCUCCGGCAAGUUUGUUUAGCUGUGAUUCUGGCCCAGGUCGGUGCUGAUGUCCCUGCAGAGAGCUUUGAAUUGUCACCUGUUGACCGAAUAUUUGUUCGUAUGGGUGCUAAAGAUCAUAUAAUGGCAGGACAAAGUACAUUUUUAACGGAGCUUUCAGAAACUGCAUUGAUGCUGUCAUCGGCUACCCGAAAUUCACUGGUGGCACUGGAUGAACUUGGACGUGGCACGUCAACAUCAGAUGGACAAGCCAUAGCGGAAUCAGUUCUUGAACAUUUUAUCCAGAAGGUCCAGUGUCGUGGAAUGUUUUCUACUCAUUAUCAUCGAUUAGCUGUAGACUAUCAGAAAAAUCCUGAGGUCUCUCUCUGCCACAUGGCAUGCCAAGUAGGAGAUGGAGUUGGGGAAGUGGAAGAAGUUACAUUUCUUUAUAGAUUGACACCUGGUGCAUGCCCUAAAAGCUACGGUGUCAAUGUAGCUAGACUGGCUGGACUCCCAGACUCUAUACUUCAAAAAGCUGCUGCAAAGUCCAGAGAAUUUGAGGCUGUUUACGGUAAACAUAUGAAGGGGUCUAAAGGAAAUCUGACUAUUCAAAGUAGUAAUGAGAUAGCAGUCUUCAUCCAAAAUUUAGUUGAUUUCACUACAAAUUUGAGUUGCCAUAGAUCCAAGAAUACCGAUAUUGGCACUCUAGCUAAACUUCAGAAUAGAGCAAGAGUACUUCUACAACAGAAUUGAAUUGAUUUUGUCUUCCACAUUUCAAGAUUUGGUAUUAUGCCAUCUACCGGCAGAUUUUGUCAAUACUGAGGUAUGUAGAGAACUUGUAUUUAGGCUUUUUGGGCAUUGCUGAUUUUUUUUCCCAGGAGCAUUGCUUUCAAACUUUGGACUCAUCUAAUGAUGUGGGUGGAAAAAUUUGUAGCAUGUAAUUAAAUUGGGUUUGACAAUUAGGUCUGGGCCUAUUUGGAAUUGACAUAGAAAAUCACUUUUUAAGUUGGUUAACCAAAUCUUUUGUAUAGUAAUUAUAUUCGCGAGCAAAUAUAAGAGUGUUUUUGUCUCAA